CAGCAUUUGAUAGGAUUGGGCGUGUGUUUUAGGUUCGUUUAAGUUUUCGCUUGAAAUUUAUGUCAGUCAUUAUCACGACAGUUAUAGAAUCCGUUUUUUACAUUAUUUUUAUUUCUCUAAAUGAUAUAGCACGAUGAAACAUUGGUUGUUUAUAUUCUCUCUUGUAACGUGUCUCAUAUGGCAUGUUAUAGGUCAGAAUUUGACAACUGGUUGUCAAAUUCCACCGAUCAUUAGAGGAUCUUGGUUUUCUUGGGAAAAUGGUAGAAAUACUUUAACUGAAAUAAAUGCCAACAGUAUGACUGGACGAGGCACAUGUGUAAAUGUACUGGAAGAAUAUCAUGUUAAUUACACAUUUGUAUUUCGAGAUUCCAAUACUCCCAUUUCAUAUGAUAGCUGUUAUCAUUGUGUAAAAUUGAUUGUCAGAACAGUAAAUGUCCUGGAGAAGCUUGAAGUGAGUUGUGUGAACCUGCCCCAUGGGAUAGAACCUACCGUGGAUAAUGUCUGUGUAGGUUUAAAUGCAAAUCAGCAUUUAAUAACAUUAUUUUCUGAAAAUUACGUACCUGUAAACUGCAGAUCUUCUCUAGAAGGAGUUUGGCAGUUUGCUUAUCAAAAUCGCUUUAGAUUUACAGGAGAAUGCAAUCAUCCAGAUGCACAGAUAAAAUCUUGUCAGACUGCAGGCACUCAGUUUCUCAUAACUAAUCAAAAAUUUAAUAUCACUUAUAAGCAAUGUCCUGGAAUGAAAGGAACCUUUGAUGGAUUGGUAGAAUAUAGUUGCUUGGGUGAUUGGUUUGUUGACAAAAAUCACUUUUUUGCGGUGGCAAACACGAAGGAAUCGCGAAAGGACGAGAAAUAUAGAUGUUUCUUGAAGAAUCGUGACGACGAUUUGUACAUCGGCGUUUCGAUCACUGCGGAAUGUAAUACUCUGAAAACCGUUGAAAAGAGCCCUGAACGUUUGCGGAUCACACCGGUUAAGGCCGAGGUGGUCGAGCCAGGUUGCCGUUUAUCCGAGGAUAUGUCUGGAAAUUGGAUAAACACUGCUAAUAUUGACGCGGAUAUUUUUAUUAAUGAGACGCAUAUCAUCGAGACCUGGUAUCCAGAUGUGGGACGUUAUCGACGAACGAUUUAUGUUUGUCGCGAACAAAGAGACUCGAGAGUAAUGAUGGCGAGAUUGACCGUUGAUGGAUGCCAAAAAGAUUACGUUUGUUUUGACUUUGUUCGACGACAUCACAAUGUUAUCAGAUACAGACGUGGAGUGGCUGUGAUAAAAGACGAUUUCCAUACAGUAUGUUCUUGGGUGCAAUUUCCGAACAAGGAAGCAUGGAAGUACGAUCUGUUUUUAGCGAAAAAUCCAGUUCCUGUGCGCUGUCCGGUAGCUGGUAAAUUUAUGUUCCAACAAAAAGGAGACGUCUUAUUCGAGACUAGGAUUAUAGGUGGUGUCACUAAGUCUCCUCGACCAAAUAUUUAUUGCAAACAAAACAUUUCUGACCUAUCGGUCUGCAGUACCGAUCAGAAGGAGAUCGCCAUCGAUGAGACGUACUGCUUGUCCGUAGAUCACUUGGGAAAACCUGUUGAUAUUUACAGCGAUCCGGAUUACAUAAUGAAGUGUAUUGGAUAUUGGAAGGAAAAUUUAAAAUCAUAUCUUAUAACGUACGACGAAAUAGACCCUUUCAGCAAAUAUCGUUGCUGGGUAUAUCAGAGGGCCGAUUUGAACAGAGUGCUCAUGUCUCAGGCCAUCGGCCCAUUUUGCGAUCUCAAACAAGACGUAACGAGUCAAAAUUAUACAGAAGGUGCAGCAGUUGCGCUGGAAUUACAGGAAUACGAGCGCGAACGAGAUCGGUGUCCGAUGCACUUUGAUGAUGGGAGCAAUCCUUGGGUGCAAACGGAAAAUUUUGUCAACGUCUUUCAUUUUGGUAACAGCGGCAAUACAAACAGUUUUUCGUUUUUGGUCAUAGCAGUCAUUAUAUCAUUAAUAGCAGUACUUUAUUUUAAAGACAUGUAAAUACAUCUUUGCAUGGGAUGAAACCGUCGAUUAAUAUUUUUGCGAUGCCAUGCGAUAAAGAUUUAAAAUAAGUAUUAUAAGUGCGCGCUCGUAAGUAAUUAUUACAACGGUUUACAUCACGCUAGCAUGUAAACCGUUGUAAUAAUUACAAGCGCGCACUUAUAAUACGUACACGUUCCGUCCGUACUCUAACUACGUGCCUUAAGAGAAUUCUAUUCAAGUUUAAUUUUAAUAGAAGUGGGUGUGCAUAACCCUAGAAUAUUUCGAAAAUCCGUCCAUGAAAAUUUAAUUAUACAAAAUUGUUUUAAAAAUAUUUUUUUAGAUUUAAUUUUAAUUUUGAAUAUUUUUUAUACUAAUAUAGAAUAAUAUAUUAUAAAAUUAAGUAUAUUGAAAAAUUGUUUUAAUUAUAUUUCGUCGCUUCCGAAUAAAAGGGUGUUGACUCAGAAGCCGUUUGAAAAGGGCGUUAAUUCGGAAGCCGAUUAAAAAGGGCGUUAAUUCGGAAGCCGGUUAGAAAAGGCGUUAACUGGGAAACUGAUUGAAAAAGGCGUUAAUUCGCCUACUAAAAUUUUUCGCUUUAUUUUAGUUUUGCAGUACUGCCAAAAUAAUUUUGGUGCUUAAUUUAAAACAUAAACAUUGAAACGAAUAUGAAUAUGCAUAUAUAGAUAGAGCACCAAAAUUAUUUCGGCAAUGCUAUCAAAACUUAAAUUGAAGCGAAAAAUUUGAGUGCGCGAGUUAACGCCUUUUUAAUCAGCUUCCCAGUUAACGCUUUCUCCAAUCGGCUUUCGAAUUAACGUCCUUUUCAAACAGCUUCUGAGUUAACACCCUUUUAUUUGGAAGCGACGAUUAAUAAGUAUGCACAAUCAGAACAAGAUAGAAUGUACUCAAAUAGAAUAUUAUUGAAUGUAUGACACUAAGGAUUUAUUGUAUACAAUUUAUAAAAGAACAAUUCUUGAAAUAUUUUAUAUUAAUAAUUUUUAUACAAAGAAUGAUAAAAUUGAUCUAAUUCUUAAAUAAUUGCACCAUGGUUACACAGAUACAUAUCAGUAUUAUCUCUCCCAACAUUAAUUAAAAAAAUUUAUUGAUAGAUUUUCACAUUUUUAGGCUAAAUUUUUUAUUAUUUUAUAAUACAACAGAAAUAUACAUAGAAAAAAAAUUAUUUGUAAGUAUUUAAGGAUUAAGAUAAUGCUAUGAUUACAUGUAAUGUCAUAUUUUUUCAUGAUUUUAACUUAAAUUAAAACUAAUUGUUUAAAUUAUCUAUCUAUUCAUAUAUACAUACACAAAUAAAUUUAUUA